AUGGAUAAUUCUGAUGCCAAAUCUGCUGAAAAUCAGCAAACUGAACAAGUUUGUAGUUUCUUCAGAAAACCGGUUAAUAAGAAGAACAUCAGGAAACGUACUAUUGAUAAUGAAGAUAAUGAUGAUGACUCGAACAAUGAAGGCUCUUUGAUGCAUGUUCAGAAAAAGACCACAAAGCCCGACAAUAAGUUGUUCUUUUCCUCCGGCUCUUCAAAAAGCUCUGCAUCUACUGAACCGAAUGAAGAAUCUGAGAAACACGGCUUCCAUUUUGAGUCUUCCAAAGAGAUUCAAGUUCAACAUGAUAGCAAAGCAACUGCAACUUUGGAGACUGAGACUGAUUUUUCGAAAGAUGCUCGUGCCAUUCGUGAAAGAGCUCUUAAGCAAGCGUCGGAGAGUCUCAAGGGAAAGGGAACUGGCUCAGAGGAUGGAAAAUUAUACAAGGGAAUCAAUUAUUACAAAGAUCAUAAGGCUGGAUUUCGUAGAGAGCACACAAUUGCCGGUGAAAAGGCUGGUGGGUCACACGGUCCUCUCAGGGCUUCGUCUCACAUACGAGUUUCGGCAAGAUUUGAUUAUCAGCCUGAUAUAUGCAAGGAUUAUAAGGAAACUGGUUACUGUGGGUAUGGCGAUUCAUGUAAGUUUAUGCAUGAUCGAGGUGAUUACAAAUCUGGGUGGCAGAUGGAGAAGGAAUGGGAAGAAGCUGAGAAAUCAAGGAGGAUGAGAUUGGCUGCAGGUGAGGAUGCGGAAGAGGAGGGUGCUAAUGUGAACGAUGAAGAUGAUUCCGACGAUGAUUCAUUGCCAUUUGCAUGUUUCAUUUGUAGAAAUCCAUUUGUGGAUCCUGUUUCAACCAAGUGCAAACACUAUUUCUGUGAGCAUUGUGCAUUGAAGCAUCAUGCAAAGAAUAAGAAGUGUUUUGUAUGCAACCAGCCAACACUUGGCAUUUUUAAUGUUGCUCAUGAGAUACGAAAGAAGAUGGCUGAGGAUAAUAAAUAA